AUCAGAUAGAGUUGAAAAUGAAGGUGAUAACCAGACGGCCUCAAAACCAGCUAAUCAGGAGAAAGUUGAAAAGAAAUCAAGCAAAGAAAAAACAGAAGAUGAGAUUCUUUCAAGGAUCGAGGUACUGGAAAAGGCUACAGAAAGUGUGGAAAGCCUCAAAGAGAAGGAAGUGCAUGCACCUGACCUAGUUGUUCCAGAAUGGGAACUUGAAUGUAAUUUUAAUCCUGUGCAUGCUGAGAAUAGUACGAGAAAACAUCCAAUAUGGACAACUUUGGGAGGGGACAACAUUCCAUCACAUGUUGACCCAUGCAUGUUUAAUGAAGAUAAUGCAGGAAAAUCCAUCUAUAAUCUAUAUUUAAGAAAUCCAGAUUUUUUCGUUGCUGGAGAACUUCAUAAUCAAUUUUGUCAAUGGGAAAAAAUUUUGUUUGAAAAUGAUACAUCUAACCAGGUUAAAAAUUGGAUAAAAAAUGGUGUUGAUGUAACAGACUUUUUUACACAUUUUAGAGGUAACUUUAGGGGCAGUAGUUACAACUCCUUGCUUCCUCCUAAAAGAUUUUUUCAUAAUUCACCAGUUUGUAAACAAUUCAAAGAAUUUAUUUGCUCUGAAUUGUAUGAAAGGAUAGUAAAUGGAUCAUUGUCAGUAGUUGGUAAAAUUGGAGAAUGCGAGCUUCCACAUACCAUUAUGCCAUUAACUGUAGAACCAACAAAACCAAGACUUUGUCAUGAUGAUAGGUAUAUUAAUCUUUGGACGAAAGAUAUGCCUUUUCAGUUGGAAAAUUUAAAACAUGUACCCAGAAUGGUUGAAAAAGAUAUGAAAAUGAUAACCUGUGAUGAAAAAUCAGGAUAUGAUCAUGUUAACUUGUGUCAAAAUUCUAGGAAAUAUUUUGGAAUACAGUUUGGAGGUUGGGUUCUUACAUACAACACAUUACCAUUUGGCUGGAAAGCAUCUCCAUACAUUUAUCAGACCAUAGGCAUGCAAGUAACAAAUUAUUUAAGAAGUAAAAAUAUAUAUAAUAUACAGUACAUAGAUGAUAGACUAGCAAUUGAAUCUACAAAGGUUAACAUAACAGAAGUUGCAUAUGUUUUACUUGAAUUACUUACAAAGUUAGAAUAUACUCUUUCCUGGAAGAAAAGUCAAUUUGUACCAUCUCAGAUUGUUAGAUAUUUGGGUUAUUUUAUUGAUUCUUCCAAGAUGGCAUUUUUCUUACCAGAUGAAAAAAAGAUUUCAUUUUCACAAUUAAGAGAAUCUAUAUUGUUAUCAAGAUUUGUUGAUAUUAGAACUUUACAAAGAUUUGCUGGAAAGUGUAUUUCAUUUUGCUUAGUUGUUCCAGCAGCUAAAUUGUAUUGUAGAGAAGUUAAUAGAUCGAUUUCUUGUGGCAUGAAGAAUUCUCAAAUGAUUAAAGUUGAAAAUUCUCUGAAAGAAGAGUUAGAACACUGGAGGUUUAUAGACACUUGGGGGGGUUGUAUGACUUGGAGACUAGAAACUCAUAAGCAAAUAAUCUUAGCGACAGAUUCAUCAGGUUUUAAAUAUGGUGGAAAAAUGUUGUCUGGUAAACUGGAAGGAUUGAGUUUAAGUGAUUUUUGGAGUAACGAUGAUAGUAGACCGAUUCAUCUGAAGGAAGCUGAAGCAGUAUAUAAUGUAUUAUAUAGUUGCAAGGAGAAUAUUAAGAAUUCAAGGGUAGAUGUAUUGUGUGAUAAUAUGGCUGUUGUAAAUUCAUGGGCCAAUCAAGGAGGAAAAGAUAAACAGCUAACUGACAUUAUGAAACAGUUAUUUCAAUUUGUUUAUGAAUGUAACAUUUCACUGAAUUUACAGUAUGUACAAUCAAAACUGAAUGUGGCAGAUGAACCUUCCAGGUCAAUUUCUUUGUCAGAUAGCAUGUUGAGUGAGACAUCCUGGGCUUAUGUUGAGCAGUUGUUUGGCCCACAUACUGUAGAUCUCAUGAGUUUAGAUUCUAAUUGUAUGAAAGAUAGAUAUGGAAAAUUACUGAGGCAUUUUACACCUUACCCAACACCUUUAUCUGGUGGUGUAAAUGUUUUUGUUCAAAAUGUGAAUGAUGAAGAAAAUCCUUAUGUUUUUCCUCCUUUUCAAAUGAUAUUUCCAUUGUUGUCAUUGCUGAAAGAAAAAAAUGUAAAACAUUGUACAAUGGUUUUACCAAUUUUUCAAGAAAAACCAGUCUGGUGGCCUUUUUUACAUGCACACUGUAUUUCAAAAACAGUAUUGGGAAGAAAAGGUGAUGUUAGAGUACUAAAGGUGCCAACAUCCAAAGGUUUUAUAAAUGAUGUAAAGGGAUUGAAAAAUGACUUGGGUGUCUUUAGAUUACAAUUUAGAUGAAGUGUGUAUAGUUUUUAG